AUGGCUCAUGGUUUACUCAACGGUCCCUAUAUAACACCUGUUUUCGACUGGUCUUGCCUUAGCUGUGGAUCAGCCGAUAAAGAGGUAGUGCAGGCGCUACCAUCAACUCGCUGGAGAUGUCAAACUGACGCGUCUUGGAUAAACGAUAAAGGCAGACCGGGACUGGGGUUCGUACUGCUUGAUACUGGAACUCCUGUUCUGUUCAGAGCAAAAGGAAUAAGACACGCAGCAUCCCCUCUACACGCCGAAGCUGAAGGUUUAUUGUGGGCUAUGCAGGAGAUAUUAAAGCUAGGAAACAGAGCAAUCCGGUUCGAGUCAGACUGCGAACAACUUGUUAAGCUGCUAGAAGAUGAAGAAGACUGGCCUGCAAUGGCACCUGAAAUAGAUGAGAUUAAAGUCCUUUCUGCUGAGUUUACGGAGAGUUCUAUAGCAUAUAUUCCAAGAUCGACGAACGUCCGUGCUGACUCCCUUGCCAAAGGAGGAAGAUCACGAGUCUUUGGAUCCCCUUUCGUUAACUGCUUUGCACCAUGUUGGCUAGCUCCUUAUGCUGGCCAAGAGGCUGCUAACUAG